AUGAUCGAGAUCACCGUCAACGAUCGACUCGGGAAAAAGGUUCGAAUCAAGUGCAAUCCGAAUGACACGAUUGGGGACUUGAAAAAGUUGAUCGCUUUACAAACGGGUACAAGAUGGGACAAGAUCGUUUUAAAGAAAUGGUACACGAUUUACAAGGAUCACAUCACUCUACAAGACUACGAGAUACAUGAGGGUUUCAAUUUUGAGCUCUACUAUCAA